AUGCCAACUAUGACAUUAGAAAAACGUGGCAAAGACAAUAAUCUACAGAAGAUGCCGCCUAUGAGAUAUUUUUGGUGGGGGCUACUAUCAACAAUUUUAGCAUCAUUAGCAUGGAUUAGAUUUCUGUCCAAAUACUACACAACAGUCAUAGUGCUACCUCCCACCACAAAAGAUGACUAUAGUGAAAACUCAUUACAGUUGAAACAUAUUUUUCAUCAUGGCGUUGGUCCUGAACAGUAUAUGGUACAUAAACGUCUAGACGUAACUCCAGAGUACCUAGCCAAACACGAAGCCUACUUUACCUCACUAAAUGAGAAUUUACAGAUUGAGCUGGAUGAAGAAUCCGACUGGCCAAAGGUCCAUCAUGGAAAAAACCCAUUUGAGAUAAAGUUACCCUUCAAGCAACAACAAAAUAAAGCUAGAAGACUUAAAGAACGAAAUACGCCAGGGUUUAUAGACUCCUACCUAGAUUACGCCAGGUCUGUCAACGGUGACGCAAAAAUCCUCAAUCGGAUCAAUUUAGAAUGGGUUGAUGAUGACGUCCUGGUGCCAAACAUAACUGACCGUGAUACUGUGGUCUCCUUGGCCACGAUCGCAUCUAAUGCAUAUGUACGCUUCCCCAAAGAUGACGACGAAAAGAAGAAAUCUGACUGGAUAGAUGUUGGAGGAUGGGAUCCGGAUGAGGAAAACCACGACAUCAAUUUUGGUUGGGAUUAUGAUGGAUUGCGGGGACACGUAUUCGUUAGUUCUGAUAACAAAACAGUUGUAAUUGGCAUAAAGGGAACCUCGGGUGCGGGUCUACCUGGAGGUGGUAGUGAUGAAACGCAAGGAAAUGAUAAAACUAACGACAACUUAUUAUUCUCUUGUUGCUGCGCAAGAGUCGGAUAUUUAUGGACUACUGUUUGCGAUUGCUAUGAAAAAACAUACACAUGCAAUCAAGAUUGCUUAGAGAAGGAGUUGCGUAGAAAAGACAGAUACUACGAGGCAGCAUUAGACAUUUAUAAAAAUGUCACCAAAUUGUAUCCACCUGAAACAACUGAAAUCUGGGUUACAGGUCACUCGCUUGGAGGUGCAUUAGCUAGCUUAUUGGGUCGUACAUAUGGGCUACCGGUAGUAGCAGUUGAAGCCCCAGGAGAGAUGCUUGCUUCCAAACGAUUACAUUUACCAUCUCCUCCAGGACUUCCAAAGCAUUUGGAACACAUUUGGCACAUUGGAAAUACUGCCGAUCCUAUUUACAUGGGGGUUUGCAAUGGAGCAUCAAGUAGCUGUAGCUUAGCAGGCUAUGCUAUGGAGACUGCAUGCCACACUGGCUAUCAAUGUGUUUAUGAUGUGGUCACCGAUAAAGGAUGGCGUGUCAAUUUGUUAAAUCACAGAAUUCACACGGUCAUUGAUGAGAUAAUAUUGACGUACAAUGAAACAGCCAAAUGCGUGGAGCAAGCACCUUGUCGAGAUUGCUUUAACUGGAGAUUUGUAUAA